UUCCUUGGCUUCGCGCAGACGAGUGGUGUCAACAGGCCCGGCGCCCUGUGGGGAGCCCCGGAGACCAGCAGCGCAAGAUGGGGUCAGUGACCUUUGAGGAUGUGGCUGUGAACUUCACCCAGGAGGAGUGGGAUUUUCUGGAUCUUUCCCAGAAGAAUCUCUACAAAGCUGUCAUGCAGGAAACCUUCAGGAACCUGGCCUUUGUAGGAUACAAAUGGGGAGAGCAAGCAAAUGAAGAUGUGUACAAAAGUCCUGGAAAAUUUUUACGAAAUCAGAUUGUGAAGAGUGAAUAUAAAGAGGAAGGUAGUCAGUGUGGAAAAAUCUUCAGAUCCCUGAAUCUUCAGUAUCCGGAUCAGACUAAGAAAACUGGACUAUAUCCAUGUGGCAGCCAUGUGUAUAUGGAAGUCCUCAUUGGCCAUUUAUCCCAAAAUGUGCCCCUCAGACCUCACAAUGGAUACAAACCAUAUGAGAAGCAAGAACAUGUAGAGAGGCCUUGUGAAUACAAGCAACAUGAAGCACCCUUCCCCCCUACCCAGUCCUUUCAGAAUUUUGAAAAGACAUACAUUGGAGAGAAACUACAUGAAUGUAAGCAACGUGAGAAAGCCUUCAGGUAUUGCAGUUACCUAAAAAAACAUGAAAAAAUUCACACUGGAGACAAACCCUCUGGUGUAAGCACUAUGUGUAAGCAGUGUGGGAAAGCCCUCAGUCACUUCCAUGCUCUUUGUGUACAUGAAAGAACUCACACUGGUGAGAAGCCCUACCUGUGCCAGGAAUGUGGAAAAACAUUUGCAUGUUGUACAUCCCUUCGACUGCACAGAAGAAUUCAUACUGGAGAGAAACCUUAUGAAUGUAAAAUAUGUGGGAAGGCCUUCAGGUCCUCAGGUGCUCUUCAUGUACAUGAAAGAACUCACACUGGUGAGAAGCCCUACAUAUGCCAGGAAUGUGGAAAAACAUUUGCAUGUUGUACUUCCCUUCAACUGCACAGAAGAAUUCAUACUGGAGAGAAACCUUAUGAAUGUAAAAUAUGUGGGAAGGCCUUCAGGUCCUCAGGUGCUCUUCAUGUACAUGAAAGAACUCACACUGGUGAGAAGCCCUACAUAUGCCAGGAAUGUGGAAAAACAUUUGCAUGUUGUACUUCCCUUCAACUGCACAGAAGAAUUCAUACUGGAGAGAAACCUUAUGAAUGUAAAAUAUGUGGGAAGGCCUUCAGGUCCUCAAGUGCUCUUCAUGUACAUGAAAGAACUCACACUGGUGAGAAGCCCUACAUAUGCCAGGAAUGUGGAAAAACAUUUGCAUGUUGUACUUCCCUUCAACUGCACAGAAGAAUUCAUACUGGAGAGAAACCUUAUGAAUGUAAAAUAUGUGGGAAGGCCUUCAGGUCCUCAAGUGCUCUUCAUGUACAUGAAAGAACUCACACUGGUGAGAAGCCCUACAUGUGCCAGGAAUGUGGAAAAAAAUUUGUAUGUUUUACUUCUCUUCGACUGCACAGAAGAAUUCAUACUGGAGAGAAAUCAUAUGAAUGUAAAAGCCUUCAGAAGCACCAGUAGCUUGCAGAAACAAAAGAACUCAUGGUAGAGAGCAACCUUCUGAAUGUAAUCAAUGUGGGAAAGCCUUCAGAUGU